AUGAGGUUCUAUCGGUCUCAAUCCUUUCUGGCCCUGCUAUCAUGGCUCUAUGUCAUGGUUAACGGAGAACUCACGCCUCCGACUGAAGAGCAGCUGCGAAACCAAAACCGCACGAUAUCCUUUGGACUGAUUUUGUACCCGGGAUACCAGCCCCUGGACGUCUGGGGCCCGAUGGAUCUGCUCUUCACCACGUCAUAUUAUUACAAGAUCACCCUGUCCAUAAUCGCCCACUCAGUCGGACCUGUCUCCCUCCGACCCCCUCCCCAUCGCAUGAGUGAGGAUCCCACGGUGCCUUUGAUGGACAUGGGCUGGGUGAUUUCCCCCGCAGUCCAAGCAACACACGACUUCGCCAACGCGCCUGCGUUGGACAUCAUCAUGGUUCCCGGCGGACUUGGGCUCAACCACCUCUUCGACACCAACGACACCGCCAUCCAGGAUUUCAUCAACCUGCGUUACUCUCAGGCCCAGUACAUCCUCAGCGUAUGCACCGGCUCCCAAGUCCUAGCUUCGGCCGGCAUCCUCGACGGGCGCAAAGCCACCACGAACAAGGCCGCCUGGAAAUCCGUGGUUGGCUCGCGUCCUGAGGUCGACUGGGUACCGACGGCCCGGUGGGUCGAGGACGGUAACGUCUGGACGAGUUCGGGCGUUGCUGCCGGCAUCGAUAUGAUGUAUGCAUUUUUGAAGCACUUGUAUGGCGAGCAACAGAUAAACGCCAACAUGAACAAUAUGGAGUUCGCUCCGCAUACUGACCCACAUUGGGACCCUUUCUCGGUUGUUCACAAUGUGCGAGCCACUGCCAUGGUGGAGGCGGCCCAGAAAAGCGGAAAAUUCCCUCCGGCCGGCAUUCAGCCUGCGGACUUGGACUCUCAGUCGCGGAAGCCGGACUUGGUUGAGUUCCAGGAGGUAGUCGAUUUGAAUUACUUGGUUCAAUGCGUGGAGGUCAAAUACUGCCAUCACGAUGUCCCAGAGUAUUUCCCCUACUUUUCCGCGAACGGCAGAUGGCCCUUUGACCGAACGCCCUGUCCCCCGGAAGCUCCUCCCGAAGAUCCGGAGGGCAUGGAGGUAUGGAAGUUACGCUUCCAUAAGGCGGUAUACACGACCCUUCUUCUAGGCGCGCUGUUGGCCGGCGCAUAUCACAAGCCUUUCCUGGAUGCCGAAGAUGACGGCCAGGGAGGAGGCCCAGAGAUGGCCGCCGCAGAAUCGCAAGCACUCUUCCAGCGCCGCAAGAAACUCCUCCGAAAAAUCCUCAGGUUCCAGAACGACUACACAGUACGAGGUUUCGAACUCUCGGCCAGGGACAUUGAGUAUCUGCGCCACUUUCCUGCCUAUGACUUCAAUGGCUCUGUAGAGAAAAAGGAAGAGGCUUUUGGGACAGUUGCGAGCUGGCUGGUUGUUUCGACGCUAACUGAUUUGCGCCGUUCGUCGCCUCGGCUAACUCGAUGCGCCUCCCGCUCCAUCAAAGGACACCGAAGAUACCUCUCGCAUGCACAGGCGACACGCGGAGACCAGCCCUUCACGUUCAGUGACCACGUAGAAGGGACUGAAGCAGAGGCCGAGAAUGUCUUGUGGCUGAUAAUGCAGAUAAUCCACAUUUUCGAAUUUCUCCAGCUUUGCUUCGUAAACCAUGAUGGUCGCGAGGGAUUCUCAAGGGGAGAGGAGUCUGCCGAAGCAUUGUCCAUGAGGGCAAAGAAGCGCACAGUCAUCGUUGUGUUGUUUGGGAUUUUCCAGGUUGAAGAGAUCACGUUGCCAGACCGGAUCGAAGAUGCGGUAGAGUACUCGUUGCUCGCCCGGCCCAUCUCCCCCAGCGCUCUUCCCGGACAGGACGAAGGCCGCCACAUCUUAAGAUCGAUCCCCAGCCUUGAUUUUCCUCUGAUCUGGGAGACACUCUACCUUUGGAGCGGCAUCCCAAAUCAUGACGGAGACUUUCCCACGCCUCCGCCACCGCUUCAGUUUUUCACGUUUCUUCUUCAGAAGUAUUUUAACCUCCGGUUUACGCCUGAAAUGUGGGACGUGUCCGACCGGGAUUUUUAUCAAGCUUAUAGAGAGUUCAAGGCACGCGCUACGCUUUUCUCCAACGGAUUUGAGAUGGUCUCUCAUAGACGCUGGCCGGAUUGCACAAACGGCACCGAGUAUCUCGUUACGUAUUCGCCUCCAGCGCUCCGGUACGAGGAGCUUCGCUUGAACCCGCGGACAUAUGAAGAAUAUGGAUUUUUGCCUGAGGUUUGGCGGGACUCACUCGGCUAA